AUGCCAGCAAGUCAAGUUACCGACAGUGUGGAAUCAACACCGCCAAGUCCGAAAAAGCAGCGAAAUGGUUCAUCCGAUGACUCCAUAUUCCCAUACCCCUACUUGCCGACGGCCUGCGUCAUGGGCCAGGACGAGUAUAUUCGGCCACCGGAGUAUAGGGACCAGCUGCCAGCGAUGGAACCGGUUCGGAGUGAGUAUUUUCAUAUUGAAAUCGAGAGCUCAGCUGACCCGGCUUCAGGGACAGAUUCUGCCGAGUGGGGAGAUGACCAGACUGCAGCCAAACGUGCGUGUUUUGAGCCAAAGGUCACCGAUAGCAACAAAGAGCUCUUUCGAACUCACCACCCUUCCUUGAGUCAACAGACCGAUGUGUACUGGAGGGAAGAAUCGAUCGGCAGAUUCAUCUGGUUGGUAGAGGUUGAUGGCCAUUAUGUCGGUACUCACGCUGGGGGUAUUGGUAUCCAUCUUAUCCCACAGGGAUUCACCUACAAGCGAAAACCGGGCAUUUACACUUGCCUCUGGCCUUCCAACCACCACCGAGACCCUGUUCCGGAGUCACUGGAUCCUCGAAAGUUUCUGGCACCGACUCAUCUCAAUAUGCUACGAGAAAUGUACCCAACCUCGAUCGGCGCAAGAGUUUUCGUCAGUGGAUUCAUCGUGCUCCUUUUUAAGGAUUAUGCAGCCAUCAAAAAGUCCUGGACACAAGACAAAAUUUUACCUGUUUUCGGUAAUUUGAGAGUAUCCUACGAUGUGCUGGAAAACAUCCCAACGCAUCAGAAGAUUUGCAGCGGCGCCCCGGUCUCUAAUGAAUCAGAUCCUUCAAAAGCGCUCGCGGCACUGGGACUAAAGCUUCGUUUGCCGCAAGGUUAUGAGGCUAUCACAGUUCCCACACACGCCUUUGUCGCUUUGAGGCCUGUAAACUGGACGCUUUCUCUUCGAAUCAGCAGCUGGUACACUGCGAUCAAAGCAAUGCUAUCCCGGUUUGCUCUGGCCAUUGGACGCACUCGCAACACACUGGACCCGUAUUCGCCCCUUGGGCGGGGGGUCGGGACAAUUACGAAAAGUUAUGAUCCUACUGCAGAUGAACCCCUUUGCUACCCUACCGGGUUCUCGCAUGAUAUAUCCUUGGUCACCAAUCCCCGGGCCAAGGGACUACCCGAGAUGGAGGCGCCCAGCCGCACAGCAUGUGUGGUCGGAUGGGGCAGCUACGAAGAUGUGCAAGCUGAAGAACCAAUAUUUAUGACCGCCCUCAACGUGCAGAAUGGCAACCCCAUCCACAGGGCUGGUCAUGGUGUUUCGGCAACAGACAACAAAGUAGCACUUCACGAGGGAGCACAACAUCUUUGGGGAAAUCAAAACUUGACGCAAAACAUCUCAAUUCUAUGGAGGACUGAACGUGAGCACGACUCUCUGGAAGGCUUUUCCGGAUCAGUGCUUUGUCUCGGCAAGCGAGAAGAUAAGACAUGUCUAGCCGUCUGUUUCCAGAACUUCCAGUUCUCCAUGAUUUCCAAGAAGAAAUUACUUACUGAGCAUAGGCCUGCAUCUGUGGUCGAUGAUAUGCGUGAAUAUGCUCUAGUCAGGGGGAGCUUCUUGCUUCCGGAAGAGAUAAGGACAUCUGAAAUAUUGUGCCAUCCAUCCGCAACAUCACAGACAGCUUCGACUUUCCCUGCCAAGUCAGACCGCCAAGGUAUCCUGAGAAGAUCGUUGUCUUCCCCUGACAUCAAAUCCAAGGUCUGA